AUGGGACCUGCGGGAUUUAUGCAGGAUCUCAUCCGGCACUGGCCCGCCAUUCAUCAUGUACGUACCGCGCUCGAAUCGCAGCAGAAGCCGUUGUUUAACCUUGGUCGGCGCCAUCGACUGCACCAUGAGACAAGUCGCGAUUGUCUCCUACAUUUGUCACUGGUCAUCUUACUCACACUACUUCCUGUUACAGGGCGUUCAGGCAUCGAUACGACGGGGACCGGCGGUCCAGAUCUCCUCCUCGAGGAGAUCGCUCCCCGGACCGCUUUGAUCGGGCAUCACACUAUAGCGAUAGCGAUAGGCGCCGUUCGUCUGCAGAAGCCAGAACAAAUUCGGCGCCAUUCUCCCAAGGCGCUGAUAGAUCCUCCCGCCGGGCCGAGAGGAGGAGGGUUUGCCGGCGACUUUAGAGGUGGACGGGGGCGAGGGAGAGGAGGGAGAGGGUGGCCUGGCAGAGACGACAGCCGCGAUAGAGGAAGGGACAGAGACAUCGACUUUCGAGACCGAGACCGAUAUCGAGAUGAGAGAAGCCGGGAGCGAGAACGGGACUGGCGAGAGCAGAGAGACUUUAGGCUGCGCAGAUCACCAAUUGGAAGAGCACGAUCGCCGACGCGAGAUUUUCGUGAUCGGGAUAUCCCCCCGGGGCUAGACGCAGACAGGUCCCGUCGUGGUUCUCGCGAUGGUGGCCCUCCAUCAGCCGGCUCUUCAUCGUCUGAGCCUGUUUUCAACGCACCACCAUUUUCUCGAGGUGGAGGCUUCCGUGGACGAGGCCGUGGAAGAGGUGACUGGCCUAUUGAGAGAGGACGAGGACGAGUCCCAUAUGAUGACCGCAACGAUCGCUACCAACGCAGUCGCUCUCAGGAAGGCCGCUGGGCACGUGAACGCGACGAGCGCGAGCGUCCUGACCGAUACCCAGAAGCUCGUGACCCACGCGAUGAAAGGGAUCGAGGGGAAAAUCGUGAACUCUUCCGUGCCAAAGUGGAAGCGCGAGCGGCUCAGGAAUCCGCUGCGCAAGUCAAAGAUGUUUCACCCCCUCCUGUAGCACCAUCAGCCCCGGCAUUUGGAUCUGUGCCAAACCGGGCUCCGAGUACUGGUGAUGCGCAGGCUACCCCGGCCGCUGUCACGACUAAGCCACCACCGACUGCUCCCCGCGCCUUUGGAGAGCGUCCGGUGUCUGCAGGGCAGGCUUCUGGAGCUCCCGAGACUCCUCAGCCACCCACUGGACCCUCAAAAGUCUUACCGCACGACAGCCCUCCUAUCCCUCUGGGCCCCAGACUGCAGCAACCCAAGCCCCCUCGCCCAUCGAGCAAGCAAUGGAUCAACCCAAGUUUGAAGAAACAGCCACCUGAGUCGCCCAAGGUAAUGAGAUCGCAAAGCUUCGUCCAACAACGGCCAAUCCCCCCUCAACCUCCGCUGCAACGGGGCAUCUCACAAGUUGAGACGUCUGACCCAAGACGACCGCGUAGUAGCGAUGAGAAGUCAGAUCCUUACUUGGGAGUAGAGAAUAGAAUGCGAGCUCAUCAUAGUGAGGAGCCGGGCGAGAUAACUUCACGAAGCGAACUCGAAAAACCACCACCACAUGACGUGGCCGAUUACGAACCGCCAGAAUCGAUGGAUCACGAUGCAAAGCCUCCUGAAUCUCCGGCGCACUCUGUUGGACAGCCUUCUACCUCCCCGAAGCUUGACUCACUUCCUAAACCGCAGGAAAAUGGAGCGACCGAAGAAACGAAAAGCCCUGUCGAGGCGGCACCUGUGAAACGAAAGCACAAACCGCUCAAGGUCCGCGCCGUUCGAUUUUCUCUACCUCCGAAGAAGACUCAACCGGAAGAGCCUCCCGAAUCCGACGACGAGGAUAUGGGCGAUUAUUUCGAUAUGGAAAUCAACAAGACUGAAGCUGAAUUGAGCAAACUGCAAAAGCCGGACUUGCCAGUGGAAAUACUUAGGCGUUACAUGACUCUAUCGCAUGGGUCAAUGGUGCAGAUACUGAACGAAGGAGAAGGAUUGUCAGAGAUGUUGGGUGAAAUUCCAACCAGUCCUGAACCUGUGGUCGAAAAGAUGGAAAUUGAACCUGCCGAGAUACAAACCGAAGAGCCCCCUGUUUCUCAUGACGAGCCUCUUGUGUCAAAAGAAACCGAGGAAACCACUCAAGUGAAAGAGCCUGGCCCUGGUAGCGAUCAACCUAUUCCAGCCCCAGUUGAAGAAGAGAAGGAGGAAAAGGUUGAACAAGUUAUCCCGCAAGAGCCAGAGGAUCGCCAGCCCAAGGCGGAAGAAAUGGACAUCGAUGACGAACCCAGGCUUCCACCCCCUGAGCCUAACCACGAACCGGAGCCGAUGAUCGAAACCACGAUAGACGGCUCUACCAAAGAGGACAAAGAAGCUGAAGUUGUUCCGACCGCCGAAGAGACCUUGGCACCUAUUGACGAAGCCACCACCUUGUUGAAACCUGUCGAAGUAGAGACCAAGCCUCCAAGCACUCCAUCCCAAGUAGCAGACGAAGAUGACGAGACCGAAACCGAAGAUGAGGCGUACAUGGAAGUCCAGGCUGCUGCUGCUGUUGCCACAGUCCGACGAUAUAUGUCAACACCGCCUGUGGACAGUCUUCCCGACGAAUAUAGUGAUCACCCGCUCUGGUACCAAGAUAGGGAGUUCUUGGCAACGUUGGAAUCGGACCCUGUUAUUGAUAAUUUUGUUGCCAUGUAUCUUGAGAAGGUUCACCUCGAUAGAUCGACCGAACAACGGCGCGCACAGGAGGAGUAUACUGAAAACUACAUGCAAUAUCUUGAGUAUACCAUGUCGGAUGACCCUGUGGCAACAAAGAGCAGAGAUAAGUUUUCGGUCUCGGCUCCCUCAGAUACUGCAGGUACCCCAACGCCUGAGCAGAAACCGGAGGGCAGGGGAACGGGUAGAAGAUUUGCUACAGAGCGUGACCUUGAACGUGUACUUCAAGCCUCCAUGCGAGAAGAUGAGGAGAGAAAAGAACGAGAGUUGCGAAUCCAACAGGAAAAGUAUCGCAGCGACAAGGAAGCUGUAAUUCCAGACAUGUACUGGGAUGAUUUGGAAAAGCAACAAGUUCAGUACCUUGAUCGGUCGGGAUUCACCCCCCCAGAAAAGCUUGUUUCUGCAUGGCAUGUGUUUCAACCCGUCAACAACUUCACAGAAGAGGAAGCCCAUCUUUUCGAGAAGCGCUAUCUGGAGUGUCCCAAGCAAUGGGGUAAGAUUGCUGAGGCACUUCCAAAUCGUGACUUCCGCGCCUGCAUUCAGUAUUAUUAUCUGAUGAAAGGAGAGCUCAACCUCAAAGAGAAGUUAAAGAAGCAGCCGAAGAGGCGGAAGAAGGGUGGUCGGGGCAAACAGAGAUCCAGCGCCUUGGUCUCGGAGCUCGGCAACGGCGAGCCGGAAGGAGAAGAGACACCUCAGGAAAACGGCGAGAAUGGAGAAAGGCGAAGGCCACGACGAGCUGCUGCUCCUACGUGGAACUUCGAACAGCCUCAGACGGACGGCGAGAGCACCCCUGCUGCAACUCCUGGGCGUCGUGGGGCAUCUGCUGCUUCUAGAGGUGACCAGCCCGAAAAGGUGGAUGGAAGGAAGGGAAGACGAAAGGCCAAGGAUAAGGACAAAGAUAAGGAGAAGGAAAAGGACAAAGAGGCCAAGGCGUCCAAGCCAAACCAAACUCUCGCAGCCGCGCCGGGACCCGCAGCCGGGAAAGGAAGAGGCCGAGCCGAUUCCCGCCCGGUGGCUGCGGAAUACCUGUCGGGCCCUCCUCCUUCCGAUCCUCAUCGUUUGCCGGUGCAGUACGAACAGCCCUUGCAAGCGGGUAUCCAGGCGCCGUUUGCCGUGCCACAGCCACAGCUCAUUGAGAGGCCAAAGCCUGUAGCCGUCCCUGGAUCUAUCACCGAAGUCAUGGCAGCACCUUCACUUCGACCAGAACCACCGCCACCUCCUCCAUCAUCUAUCACCACUUUCAACUUGACGCAGAACAUUCCUGAACGGAAGCAGCUAUCUCAGGCAUCGAGCUAUUGGAGCGUGUCUGAAGCCAAUGACUUCCCACACCUUCUAAGAGCAUUCGGUACUGAUUGGUCAGCAAUUGCGAAAUACAUGGGUUCAAAGACAACAGUCAUGGUGAAGAAUUAUUACGUUCGACAGAAGGAUUCUGGGAAACCAGAAUGGGAGGCGAUUGCUCAAGAGGCGGAUGCGAAGCGAGCUAGAGGAGAGAAAAGGCCUGAUCCUCCUGUGCCCACUACCGGUGGGCGUGGUAGGAGAUUUGAAGGCACCGCAUCUGGUACCUCGAGGCCUAUUGCGGUGGCUCCAGGAGUUGCCGACCCUCAUGGCGAUCUUCCACAGCCCAAGGUUGAACCCGCGCCUCCUCAGCCAUUGAGGCAAACGCAGCAUAUACCUAGUUACGGAGUACCGAUUGCCCAGGCUCCGGUCCAGGCUCCUCUAGCACAACCUAACCAGGCACCUCUUGCUGUACCGUCUCAUCCAGUGCCCCAGGCUACGCAGCAAGCCAUAUCCCCCAAUGCCCAACGCGAGCGCGAGCCUGCUCAACCCCAGCGAGUCCCGCUACCGCAGAAACCUUCUGCCAGCCAAGUUCCAGAACUCCGAGACUCUCGCCCCUUGUCUGUGGCACAGCCUCUGCAACCAGCACAUUCCGAUGUCCUCGCUGAACGUGAACGUGCUGUUCAGCUAGACCGGAUGAAUAUGGAGAAGCGGUACAGAGAGCAGCAACAAAGAGAGCAGCAACACAGAGAGCAGCAGCACAGGGAGCAGCAACAUAGGGAGCAACAGCAGCAGCAACAACAGCAGCAGCUCAUGCGUGAAAGGGAAAUGGAGAUGGAGCGUGAACGUGAGCGCGAGAGGGAGAGGGAGAGAGAACUCCGACAAGCAGAGCAGCAAUCGAUGAGAAUGAAGCAGGAAUCUGAAGCACCACUCCAUCGUUACGAACCGUAUGGUGGCCAUCGACAGCAGCUUAGCCACGGCGGAGGCCCUCGAGAGCCAUUCUCACUAACGAGACCAUCGUCCCAAGAACCUCGUUCUGUUGCUCCUCAACCGUAUCCCACGUCGGUUCCGCCACAGCAGCCAAUGCGGUCGUUGCUUUCUGACCCUGUAGCGGUACAGUCACCUCCACUGGCGCCUCCGUCCUCGAGGCCAACCCAGCCUCCUCCCCAAAGGAUCUCAUCAGGGCCUCCACACGAACCUUACGCUCGACCGCCUGAGCCUCGAAAGUCAAACAUCAUGUCGCUUUUGAACGAUGAUCCUCCGCCCCCUAAGCGGGUGGCUGAGGUUACGCAAAGCCACACACCUGGGCCAUCUUCAACGCCGCCAUCCCAAGACUCUCACUACUCUCCUUAUGGACGAACGCCAUCCAGUGGAGCAUCGGCCAUGCCUUCUCUAAAACCUCCCUAUUCUGCCUCGCCGGCUUCUUCACAACAUAUUAGUGGACACCGAAGCAUGCCAUCUGAUUCCGCGGUAGAGGUUGAUUAUUACGGACGGCAUGCGUACCCACAAAGCCAUCCAUCAAGCCAAUCCCAGUAUCAGUCUCAGACAGGUUAUCCCACAGCUUAUGGAGGAGGGCCUCAGCCAGCGCAUAUCACCUCGCCGCCGACACAGCAAUACGCAACUCACUCAUCGUCAAGGAGCCGUGAAAUCCCAACAAGCAGUCGUGACAACGCAACACAGGCGCCUCCUCCGCAUUCUCAAACGGCUUGGGGAUCCCAGCACCCUUCGACAAAACCAGGGACUCCUGCACCGGCGUGGCCAGCAGCCGCUCCACCGCCCCAACAGCACAUGUCUCUGAGAGAUGACCGGCCUCCUUCAAUCUACGGACAGGGCACCUCGGGCUUGUCGCAGCAGCACUCGCUACAGUCUCGCUAUCCGCAGACGACACGAGCGCCGGAGCCCAUGUCUUCUAGUGCUCAGCCAUACCCGCGUUACACGUCAACUCCAGGGCCGGCGCCACCACGAGAUCCUCGGGACCCUCGGGACCCUCGAGAUCCAAGAGAUCCAAGAGAUGUUCCGCCCAGCCGAAGCUAUACUCCAAGUGUUUACGAUAGUCGCGGGCCGCCACCUCCCCAGCCUCAAGUACAUGGUUAUCCAGCACCAGACCCAAGAGAGAUGCAGCUACGUGACUCGAGAGACCCGAGAGAUCAAAGAGACCCGCGAGAUCGAGACCCCAGAGAUAUGCGAGAUCCCAGAGAUCCGAGAGACCCGAGAGACCCGAGAGACCCGAGAGACAUCAUGAACCGGGGUAGUCUUCGACCUCACGAGUAUGACAGGCACCCCGACAGGUUCGGACGCUGA